AAAGGGCAACCAACCGAGACAACCGUGCAAGCGAUGGGCAAAUCAUAGUACCAACCUCUCCGGAUAAGGACUGGGGCAGGCAGAUAUACCGAUAUAUCCAACAUGAUGAGUAUGUUACGAGUGGUGUCUAUGCUAGUGCUGGUGGUGCUGUGCACUGAGGCUGCAUCAGGUUGGACCACGCCUGAGCCUUUGGCUGUGAAUCGAUGGACCCAUUCGUCGUCGUGUGGUUCAAGACCCAGCAAUAAUAAUAAAGGCAGCAGUAUCCUGUUUGUGUCGGCAUCUUCGGCAUUGGAUGAUGUGUCGAAUGAGGAAGAAGAAGGGAACCAUUUGAUUACGGCGGGUCACUACUUCAAGGGAAUUGACGAUGAUGUGGGUAACGCCAUGAUCAAUGCAGGAAAGGCAUGGACCACGGAUUGGUCGUUGGUGGCAGAAGCACUGGAUGAAGCAGCUUCUGCCUUUUGGGAUACGCUCAGCAAAAAGAACCUACCAGCGGGAUUGCAGACCAUUUGUCGUUCCGUGGCACAAGAGUUGGAAGAUAUUUCAACCAUUGAAGGAUGUUCUUCCGUGGGACCGGCGUCCUCCUUGCCCAACUGGAUCGCCAUUCACGGAUAUCUAGAAUCCGCUGCCAAGGCAUACGAGGACGAUCAAGAGCAUCAGCACAUUUACAAGAUUCUCAUACUCACUAGUCAAGAAAUUGAAGCUCUCGUAGAGUCCAUAUGAAAAUCAUUCGAUUCAUAUAAGAACACUGACUUGUGAUACCGUAACCGUAGGUACCAAGUAACCCUCAAGAUUCCCUAAUCCAUACCGUACAAAUAGCAACAAUUUACGCACUACAACCUCCUGAUGUUGGUCCUUGCA